AUACAGGACAUACUGCUGAUAUGAAUAUAUUUUUAGAUGAUCCAGAGUUUGCAGAAAUUAUUCUGAGAGCAGAACAAGCUAUAGAGUGUGGAGUUUUUCCAGAAAGAAUCUCUCAAGGAUCCAGUGGGAGUUACUUUGCCAAGGAUCCAAAAGGGAAAAUUAUUGGAGUGUUCAAACCAAAAUCUGAGGAGCCUUAUGGACACCUAAAUCCAAAAUGGACCAAAUAUUUUCACAAAGUUUGCUGUCCUUGCUGCUUUGGCAGAGGCUGCCUCGUUCCAAAUCAGGGAUACCUCUCUGAAGCUGGUGCCUAUCUUGUGGAUGACAAGCUGGGGCUAGGAGUUGUUCCUAAAACUAAGGUUGUCUGGCUUGUCAGUGAGACCUUUAAUUACAGUGCAAUAGAUCGUGCAAAGUCAAGAGGAAAAAAAUACGCUUUAGAGAAAGUGCCAAAAGUUGCUAAAAAAUUUAAUCGAAUUGGACUACCUCCUAAGGUUGGCUCCUUCCAGCUGUUUGUCGAAGGAUAUAAGGAAGCUGACUACUGGCUCAGGAAGUUUGAAACUGAUCCUUUACCUGAGAACACAAGGAAAGAAUUUCAGUCACAGUUUGAAAGAUUGGUUAUCUUGGAUUAUGUCAUCAGAAAUACAGACAGAGGUAAUGACAACUGGUUAGUCAGGUAUGAAAAAAAAGAUGAUGGACUUGAUCUGUCAGAUAAGGAUAGCCAAUGGACUAUAACUAAAGAGUCUACUAUUAAAAUUGCUGCAAUUGACAAUGGUUUAGCAUUUCCUUUUAAGCAUCCUGAUGAGUGGAGGGCAUAUCCCUUCCACUGGGCUUGGCUUUCUCAAGCAAAAGUUCCUUUCUCUCAGGAGACCAGAGACUUAGUUCUUCCUCGCAUUUCUGAUAUGAACUUCGUACAGGAUCUUUGUGAAGAUCUUUAUGAACUAUUUAAGACUGAUAAAGGAUUUGACAAGGCUACUUUUGAAAACCAAAUGUCCGUUAUGAGGGGGCAGAUACUAAACCUUACUCAGGCAUUAAAGGAUGAAAAAAGUCCCAUUCAGCUUGUUCAGAUGCCACGUGUGAUUGUGGAGCGAAGUAGCACUGGAAGUCAGGGCCGGAUUGUUCAGCUGAGUAAUGUGUUCACACAGACCUUUCAUAGCAGGAAGCCUUUCUUCUCCUCCUGGUAGCAACAAAAAUAUGUGGGAAGAGUAAGUUUCUCUUAACUUUAGAAAGCUACUUCUGUGUAAAGGCUCUGCAAUAACGUACUUCUGCUGUAUACCAAGAGCUCUGAUUGCCGACACCUCAGAACUUAAAUGCUAAAGACUUAAGAAAUGUAUUCUGAAUGUAAUAAAAGUUUACAAUUUUUGUGUCAAAAUUGUGAAUUCUUAUGUCAGGGAAUGAGAAGAACUUGUCCAUAUUGUAUUUUUAUAGGCCAAAUUAAUGUAUUCUGAAUAAGGGAAGAUACACAGUUUGUAUAUGCUGAGAAACUACUUUUGAAUACAACAGGAAUUCUUUUUGUUUAAUAUAGAUGUGAGAAUCUAUACUCUAUCAAUUUCUUUUUAUAUGGUCUUUAAAAAAUGAAGUGCAGAAUGUUAUCUUUGAUUGUGAAAAUGCUUUUCCUUGGAAUUUCUUCCUGGUAUUUUAAGCUGUUUAUAGAUUUUUUUUUUUCCAUAGGCUAGUUACUUGAAAAGUCAUGCACUAAAAAAAAAAAAAAUUAAAAAAAUCAAUCUGUCCUUGACAAACAAGUGAAAGGGAGAAGGGGAAAAAAAUGCUCCAAAUAGGCUUUUUUGCACGUGGGGACCAAAAAUAGUUCAAAUAGUUGAAUUACAGCAAAACUCAACCUGAGUAAGUACACACAGUUCCUACUGUGACAAAAUAAACUGAGUGUACAUUUCAGAGGUUGAAAUUUCGCCUGUAGCUUUUAGAACUUGUGUAUUUAAGCACAUGUAUGGAAAAUGGCGAUAUUUCUUUAUAGAUCCAUCACAGCGAAAGAAUUGCACCAUGUUGUUACAGGUUUGUUUUGCCAUAUGCGUAUAAAUGUGUUCAUCAGCAGUCACCAAAGUGGUUCUGCACUAUUAACGACAGCAGCACUGAUGUGUUCAUCACAAAGCCAGCCUGCCUUCUAGAUUUCUGUCUAAACACGCUGUUAUUUUUUUGACUGGGGG